GUUGCGCGUUGACUGCCCGAGAGAUCGGUUGUUGUUUCCAGCUGGUGAGCCGAGCUGCUGUUGUGUGUAUCCGUGAGUGUAUCUUUCUUUGUGUUUCGCUACUGUUUCGUGUUUUAGUAUUGCCAAAUACAUAAGUAAAUAAGUUCGUUGUGUUGAUCAACAGACGUCAUCGCUACUGUGAGAGACGGACGUGUCGGUCAAUUGAAUUGUUGCAAAAAAUAAAUAAAUAAAAACAAUAAAAUUUAGAACAACAAUAAGAAGUGAGAACACCAAUACCAGUGCAAGUAUAAAUUGGUGUUUGCACAAUGUCGAAAAGUCUGCGCCCUCUUAAAAUCACAAUCGUUGGCGAUGGCAUGGUUGGGAAAACAUGCCUGCUGAUAACAUACACACAAAACGAAUUUCCCUUGGAGUAUAUACCCACUGUGUUCGACAAUCAUGCCUGCAACAUAACUGUCGAUGAUAAUGAAUACAAUCUGACGCUGUGGGACACGGCCGGCCAGGAAGAUUAUGAAAGGCUGCGCCCGCUGAGCUAUCCCAAUACAAACUGUUUCCUGUUGUGCUAUUCCAUUAGCAGUCGCACUUCGUUUGAGAACAUCAAGAGCAAGUGGUGGCCAGAGAUACGUCAUUUUGGCAGCAAUGUGCCUGUGGUACUUGUGGGCACCAAACUGGAUUUGCGCAUUCCCAACUCGGAGAAAUUUGUGACCACGCAGGAGGGCAAGAGAUUACGCAAGGAGAUACAUGCGUACAAUUUGGUCGAGUGUUCCGCAAAGAAGAAAAUGAAUUUACAACAAGUUUUUGAGGAGGCGGUGCGUGCAGUGGACAGAAAGCCAAAAUCAAGACCGCCCUCGUGCAAAAUACUGUAAUUAAGUUUCUAUGCCUAAUGUUAAAUAUUGUUAUCAUACGUAAUUGUAUUAUGUAACUUUAUAACUGUCUGAUUUGUUUGUUUUACAGUUUCUGUAGAAGAUGUAACAUUAAGUUUUAGUCUUAAGUUUUAGUUGUGUUUUGUAUGCGACCAAAGUGCAUUUUUCUCUGUGAAAACCAAAAUAAAUAUAUUCUUUAAAUGUAAAUGCCUAAAAACGCAUAGAAUUACACCAAACAAUUCAAGUUUU